UGUAGUGGUCUGCAGGCAUCCUUUAAAGGUCUGUAGGGGUCUCCAGGCACUGUUAAAGGUCUAGAUGCAGGUGCCGCCUUUGCUGGGUUAAACGCUGCCUGGGUGAGCAGGCCCAAAGAGUGGCUGUGGAUGGGCAGCAGCCAGCUGGUACCUGGUGCCCAGGGGUCUGCGAUGGGCCCAGGGCUGCUCAACAUCUUUAGUGGUGACUCGGGUGAGGGGCUGGAGUCUGCCCUUAGUAACUUGGGGAUGGACCCAAGCUGGAAGCAGUGUGGAUCUGCUGCGUCUCCCAGGUGAGGUCACCGUGGGGACAGGGCCCGUCUGUGACGUCACAGUGGGGGCACCCCGGGGUGGGUAUAAAUAGCCCUGCCCUCAGGUCCCGCUGGCUUCGCUUCUGAGCCGUGGUGGCUGUCAGGCACCUUUGGAGAGUGCGAAGGCAGCGGCCGCAGCAGAGAGCUUCUGUGUGGGCUGGAGCCUGGCAGCAGGCAGCGCUCACUGCAGAGGGGACAGCUCCUAGCGCAGGGUCCCGCACAAGGGCGGCAGCGUCCCACGGCCAGCGCCGCGGAGCAGACCAAGGCUCGUCUGUGUCUGGGCUGCUUCUCCUGCACCACGAUGGUUGUGGGACUGGCGACAACCCUGCUGUGGGUGCUUACGAUAUAUGGGCCUGGAGUGCUUGAGAUCUUUCGAGCUCUUCCUGCGCUGCAGUACCGGCAGGAAGAGGAGGAUGAGCAGGAACGAGAGAGGCGCAGGCUCCGAGAGGCCCUUCCUCCCGCUAGGCCCUUGGAGCCGAUGAACACCCAGGAGAUGGAAAACACCUUCAUGUCCUCCUGGACUGAUGUGCGCCCUUGCUACACUGGGCACCGAGAGGAGGCAGAAGUGGCCUUGCCUGACAAGGAUGAUCAGGCAGAUGUCCCAGCAAGCACCACAGGUGGUCAGGUGGCAGCCCUGGAGGAAGAGCCACCUGUUGUGAAGAUGGACGUGGAGGAGAUACCUGCCCCAGAAACGGAUGUGAAGCAGGCACCUGUGGCACAGACUGGCACAGCAGCAGACUAUAGCCCAGCUAUGAUUGCCUUAGCCCGGUCACUCAUGGCACUGGCUGUGGAGGUGGCAAUCGCUGAGGAGCUCUGUGAAGACCUGGAGACACUUGACAGGCAGGCCCCAGCUGUCAGCAGCCCCCCCCGUUCUCGACGCCGAUUUGGGGCAGGCAUCCUGAGGAGGAUGAGCAAGGGACUGCGCAGGGCAGGCAGGUGCUUCCUCUGCGCCUUCUGCAUGGCACGGGCACAACGGGACUAGCACCGUGCCCUGCUGGCAGUGUCAGGCAGGCCCUUUGCUGACAGCAGCCCCUGUAGCACGGUGCUGCAGUGAGUGUCAGGAGGAGCCAGGAGGCCCCUCUUGUGUUUUCUCUGAGCACCAGUCCGAGGGCAAGUUCACCUUGUAAAGAAGAGCAGCUGUUGUUCUGAUGGAAAGGACAAAGGGGUGGGCUGGGGGGUUAGGAGCGUUAGGGGUAGUGCUGUUUGCCUUUGGUUUAGAAUAAACCUGUUGUACUCACACUUCAGAGUGAGUUCGUUUCUCACACUGGUCACACAGAUUGUUCCCUCAGGAGGAAGAACUUGCAAGAGCAGGAGAAAAGAGAAGGAUGUGAAAUUUAACAAUAAAGGAUGACA